CACGACCGUGCAGAGUGACACAGCCUCAGCGACCGUGGAAGUCUGACAGUGUAGAGAUGGCGUCUCUUCUCCAGCCAGAUAGAGUCGUCUAUCUGGUUCGCGGGGAGAAAAAGAUUCGGGCUCCUCUAUCCCAGCUAUAUUUCUGUCGUUACUGUAGCGAGCUACGUUCAUUGGAAUGCGUGUCUCACGAGGUUGAUUCCCAUUAUUGCCCAAGCUGCCUAGAAAAUAUGCCUUCCGCAGAAGCUAAACUGAAAAAGAACAGGUGUGCCAACUGUUUUGACUGCCCAUGUUGCAUGCACACCUUGUCAACUCGGGCCACGAACAUCCCGGCUCCUUUGCCUGAUGAUCCCACCAAGACUGCUAUGAAAAAGGCAUACUAUCUAGCCUGUGGUUUCUGCCGCUGGACCUCCAGGGAUGUAGGAAUGGCUGACAAAUCAGUGGCUAGUGGUGGGUGGCAGGAGCCUGAGAACUGUCAUAAUCAGCGGAUCAACAAGCUGAUGGAGUAUUACCAACAGCUGGCUCACAGAGAGAAGCAGGAGCGAGACCGUAAGAAGCUGGCCAGGAGACGACAGUGCAUGCCUUUAGCUUUUUCGCAACAUACUAUUCACGUGGUGGAAAAGUACGGCCUUGGAACACGACUGCAGCGUCAGAGGUCUGGAGCGCCCAUUUCUACUCUGGCUGGUCUUUCCCUGAAAGAGGGAGAAGACCAGCGGGAGAUAACCAUCGAGCCUGCCCAGGCUGUUGAUGAGGUGGAGCCUCUGCCUGAAGAUUGCUACACAAGGCCCAUUUGCUUGCCAGAGGUGACCCGACUGCGCCAGCGACUCCUGCAGCCAGACUUCCAGCCCGCAGGAGCCUCGCAGCUGCACCCGCGGCACAAACACCUCCUGAUGAAGCGCUCACUGCGCUGCAGGAAAUGUGAGCACAACCUGAGCAAGCCUGAAUUCAAUCCAACUUCCAUCAAGUUUAAAAUUCACCUGGUGGCUGUGAGUUACAUCCCUGAAGUGCGAAUUAUGUCCAUUCCAAAUCUGCGCCACAUGAAGGAGAGCCAAGUGCUUCUGACCCUGACCAACCCAGUGGAGAAUGUCACCCAUGUGACACUGGUUUCCUGUGAUGAGGAGGACCCUGAUGACAUCAACAGCACUGCAGAGGUCAUCGUGCCCCGUAAAGAGCUGGUCCUGGCAGGGAAGGAUGCCGCUGCUGAGUAUGAUGAAUUGGCCGAACCCCAGGACUUCCAGGAUGACCCCGAUGUGGUCGCAUUCAGGAAAUCCAACAAGAUUGGUUUCUUCAUCAAAGUCAUCCCACGCAAAGAAGAAGACUGCGACGUCACCGUCACAUUCAAGAUGCGACAUGACUCGCGGGACCUCACAGCUUCCAUCAGACCGAGCGAGGAGGGCGCCGACACCACCGCUGAGCCUGUUUGGCUAACGCACCAUGUGGAGCUGAGGCUGGGACCGCUCAUCCCUUGAAUGCCCGCAAACGAUGGUGGCUUCUAAACGUAUUGUUUUAAACUAUUCCUCUCCUGACUAAUAUUCUAAAACAAAAAGUCAACAUUUUGCAGCCUCCCCACUCGUUCUGGUUUAUUUUGCUUUUUUGGCCUUUGUUGCUUUAUCAUCUGCAGUCUUGCUUACCUCGACAAGUACAAACUGAUAAGAGCAUCAUGUCCUGCUUGACUUAUACCAUGUCAGUAUAAUAGAAGAUUAGGAGCUGACUGUACCCUCCUCGCUGCUGCAUUAUUUUUCCCGCCUCCCUUCCCUUCAAGCAAUAUAUUUUGUAUCUAGUUCAAGGCAACCAUUUGUCCCGAAGUUGUUUGCUGUUAUGAUGAAAUGCAUAAAACAGCAGCAUCAAGGAAUUCACUUGAAACUCGGCCGCAUAAAAGAGGAGCCGAUGAGGAGAUCGAAUCAGAACUAUCUAUAACAAACACACAGAGCGCUUGUAGUUCCCCAGACAAUAUCGUUGCACUAACCCGCAUGGAUCAUGUAUAAUAAAUACUACAACUGUCAUUGCAAACAUGCUGCUGUACACGGCUUUGUUCUUUAGUAAAUGACGAACUUAGUGUUGACACUACAAGAAGCUCUGCAUUUGACAGUGGAAAUUGUCAUUUUGAGCUAUACUGUUUCAUUUGCCAUCUCUGUGUUGUGAGCUGCUGUCAGUUUUGAUUCCAAUUUGUAGCCUUGGUGAAAGGAGCAAAAACAAAAAAGGCGACUGAUCUUCUGUAAUGCCAAAUAAAAUAUCCUGGAACAAAGCACAGUAUUUUGUGUGUUGAAUAAGUUGGAAAACAAGUACAGAAAAGGCUAAAUGUUUCCAAUGCAUAGGUCCUUUUAUUGUUUGUGUUCAUUCUUCUUAUAUAGACCCUACCCACCGACGUCACAAAAUCACGUGAUCGCUGUAUUGUUCCGCCCCCUUGUCCGUCAUUUUGUGUCCAUAUUAUCAAUGGUCUCAAUUGAUCGAGCAAUUUAUAAUGCAUUUCAUGGAAGACCCGGUGCUUUCGGAUGCCGUAAACUCACUUGAUGCGUUGCAUAAAAGGCGUUAUGUGGAAAAGCUUCAGUUUAUCAAUUCGCCAGAUCCAUAUUUGGUGCCUAAAUCGAUGUUUUUCGACCCGCUGACUUCGCCAUAUUUGCCUGACAUCUGCUAGCUACCCAGAUAUUUACAACUAUCUUGUCCACACAAAAUCAGCCUAUUCUCACGAAAGUUUGAAAAACUUUAAGAGCUUGGAGGCUUAUAAACAGGGGUGCACAUAUUUUUUU